CCUCACCUUCUCCCUCCUCCCCAACCCCAGCCUCAUCCUCUGGAACUCCCUCCUCAAAUCCCUCUCUCAGAACUCCCUCUUCAGGCAAACCCUCCGUUACUUCAACCUCCUCGUCAGAACCCGCUCCCCCAAAUUCCCCGAUGAGUUCACUUUCACUUCGGUCCUCAAAGCCUGCGCCGGCUUGUUCUCGCCUGUUGACGGCGAGAUCUCUCACGCCCAUGUCCUUAAACUUGGGGUCGAGGUCAAUUUGUUCGUCCGCAAUUCGCUUGUAGACAUGUACUUCAAGCUCGGCCGGCAGAGCGUCGCCCGCAAGCUGUUCGAUGAAAUGCCCAUCAGAGAUGUCGUGUCGUAUAACACCCUCAUCGCCGGGUACUCCAGUUGUGGGCAGGCGGGGAUUGCGAGGGAAGUAUUUGAUUCGAUGAGCGAGAGAUCGUUCGUGUCGUGGUCGGCUAUGAUCGCGGGCUACUCGAAAUCGGGGGAUUUGGAUGCUGCUCGAGAGUUGUUUGAGAGAAUGCCGGAGAGAAAUGUGGUUUGCUGGAACGCGAUGAUCGCUGGGUAUGCGCAGAAUGAGAGGUUUUCUGAAGCCGUUAAGAUUUUUAGGAGGAUGUUGCAGGUUGAAGGAAUGAAGCCUAAUGAGGUAACCCUUGUAUCUGUUCUAUCAGCAUGUGCGAAUUUAGGCGCGUUAGGUUUAGGGAAAUGGAUUCACAGGUACGUCGAACGAGCAUCGACGCGUUUAGGCCUUUUUCUGGGCAAUGCACUUUCGGAUAUGUAUUCGAAAUGCGGGUGCAUUGCUGAGGCUAGAAAAGUGUUUGAUGAAAUGCCGGAGAGAGAUGUGAUCUCAUGGAGCAUAAUAGUUACCGGCACUGCAAUGCACGGGUUAUGGAAUGAAGCGAUUGCGUGCUUUCACGAGAUGUUGCAACAAGGGACUAAGCCGAAUGAUAUAACAUUCAUGGGUAUAUUAUCGGCCUGUACUCAUGCUGGGCUCGUAGAUGAUGGUCUUGAGUACUUUGAUAGGAUGAGUAGAGAGUUUGGGAUCGAUCCAAAGGUUGAACAUUAUGGAUGUGUAGUUGACCUAUUGAGUCGAGCUGGGAGGCUCGACGAGGCUGAGAACCUGAUUUCGUCGAUGAGAGUAUCGCCGAAUGCUAUAGUAUGGGGUGCUCUUCUAGGUGGUUGUCGAAUAUAUGGUGAUGUUGAUAGAGGGGAGAGAGCGGCCCAUCGAAUUUUACAGCUCGAUCCUGAUCAUUCAGGUAGUCAUAUUUACUUAGCGAACGCGUACGCUUCAGUAGGGAAGCUUGAAGAAGCAGCAAAAUAUCGGGUUUGGAUGAGGGAGAAACAGGUUGUGAAGACACCCGGCUGCAGCUGGAUCGAGAUAGACAAUGCAGUGUAUGAAUUUCUCAUGGGGGAUCGAUCUCAUCCGCAAUCCGGUAAGAUUUAUGCGAUGAUAAGGUCGUUGGCACCGAGAAUGAAGCUCGCAGGAUACGUUCCGAAUACUAGUUUGGUGUGUCAAAGUAUAGAUGAGGAGGAGAAGGAGAACGCGUUGGCUAUGCACAGUGAGAAGCUCGCUGUGGCUUUUGGGCUGGUUAGUACUGAGGAGGGAGCUACUAUUAGAGUUGUGAAGAACUUGAGGGUUUGUAAAGACUGUCAUGAUUAUAUGAAAGUUAUGUCCCAGGUUGUGGCGAGGGAGAUUGUACUGCGUGAUAGGAAUAGGUUUCAUCACUUCAAGGAUGGGGUGUGUUCUUGUAAAGAUUAUUGGUGAUAGAAGCCAAGGUCGUAUUUAUCACAAAAUGCUGCGUAGUCACCUCAAUACUUCAUCGAGUAAUAUGAGCUUUUUGAUGACUUUUUUUUUUAUCCAUGGGACAUGUUACUUACAUCUCAACCUAAGAAGCGUUGCUUGCUCUAUGAUAGCCUUUAAGGGACUGUUUGGUUGUAUGUUUUUACCAUGUAAAAGGAUGGAAAGUGUAAAAAAGUGGGUCACAA